AUGUUCGCAAAUAUGGAUUCCUUGCCAGAUCGGAUCCAAAGAAAAAGAAAAUUUGCAGGAGUAGGGUGCAUUUUUCAAUUUAUAAGCGCAAUAGCUGGGAUUUUUGUUUAUCUAUUUCUCAGGCGAGUUCCUAUGGUUUUAAUCAUAAAUUUAUUUACAGCAUGCCUUUCAAUAGUAGGUUAUGUAGGUGCAAAUCAUAUGCAUAGGACACAAAUUUCAAUUCAUGGAUUUACUACAGUGGUUUUACUUGGUGGAUUCUUUAUAUAUCAAAUUAUAGAGCUUUUAUUUUUAACAAAUUCUGCAUCAGAUAAGAUCCUGCUUUUAUUGAUAAGCAUUCCUUAUUUAGUUGAUUUUAUUGCAGGAUGCUUAAGCUUAAAUUUAUAUUUCGAAAUAUUAGAGCCACCUACUAUAUCUGAAGUGCCAGAAGAAUAUCAAAUUCCUCUUACUCUCCCCACCCCCCAUGAGUGAACAAAAAAAAUUUUGUUCAGGUUAAUUUUUUUUAAAAAAUCCCAAUUCAAUAUUAAUUUAAUUUAAUUUGUAAAAUUUAUGUCUUGUUUAAAAUUUUAAACGAAUUAGUUAUAACUUUCACAUUAAAAUUUUUUUCAUAAAUAAUUUUUAUAUUAAAAAAUUUUUGUUUGCUCACAGGAGGUGGGUUUUUACCCAAAAAAUAGUGAUUUUUCAAAUGGUUUUAUUCGCUCAGGGAAGGGGGGAGUUAUAGAAAAUGCAAAUAAUUUAUGCAAGAUUUGUUAUGAUAGACCUUGCACUAUGGUGGUGUAUCCUUGUGGGCAUAAAUGUCUGUGUGCCCCAUGCUCUAGGAAUUUGAUAAAAUCACUAUCUAAGUGCCCAUUUUGCAGAGGAGUGAUAAGGGAUAUGAUUUUGGUUUACGAAUAA